AAAUAAAACAAAGGAAGCAAAAAAAAAAAAAAAAUACCAGCAAAACUCCGAUCGCCGUCGUGGCCCGCGCGGCACAAAUGACUGCGCCCCUCGGCGAGACGUCCCUCAAGACGCUCCUGUCAACGCUCACCCCCGUCCUCGACCCGGAGACGUACGUCUUCGUGACGCUGCCCUCGGGGGCGGAACCGCCGCCACUCGCCGACGUCCGGCUCCUCUUCCGCGAGCGCGAGGGCCUCACGCUCGUCACGACGCUCGCGACGGCGACGGCGCGCGGGAUGGAGCACGCCUUCCGGUCGAGGAUGAUCACGCUCGACGUGCACUCGAGCCUCGAGGCCGUCGGCUUCAUGGCCGUUGUCGCGGCGAGGCUGGCGGCGAGGGGCAUGGGCGUCAACCCCGUGAGCGGGUUCUUCCACGACCACCUGUUCGUGCCGGAGGGGAGGGAGGCGGAGGCGGUGGAGGAGUUGGAGCAGCUUGCUCUGGAGCACGGAUGCCGAGGGUCGAUUUAG